CAAUAUUAUAUUGCUUCAUCAUUUUGUUUUAAAUAAAUUAGUUUUUAAAUUUAAAUUUUAUUUUAUAAGAUUUUAUUCAUUUAUUAUAAUUAUUUCCAGAUGCACAAAAUUAUUUUGUUAAUUCUUUUAUGUGUGAUAGACGUUAUGAAAAUAUAAUUUAGUAAAUAAACAGUUUUUUUUUUUAAUUACUUUAAUUAGCUAACUUCACGUUUUCAUAAAAUUUAUUUAUCACAUUUCAAUUAUUUUUAUUUACUAAUUCAUAUAGUAUUAUCAACAUAAAAUAUUGGUUCAAUAUAAUAAUUUUGAACUGAAAAAAAUGGCGGUAAAUCACUAUGACUUAGAAUUUUUAUUGGAACAAGCAAAUAAAUUAUUCAGUAGAGAUAAUUGGGCUCAUGAAAUAAUUGAUCAAACAAUUGAUUUUGUAAAUGAAAAUAAUAAAAUUGUUUAUGUUGGGUGUUCGACGGUGGUAAGAGUUCUUCUCAAAUCUGGAAGAUUUCAUGAAAAUGUAGGGUUUCAUGAAGGCGUGUCUGAGUCCACUGGGAAAGCUUUCGAGGAUGCGAGAAAAAUAUCAUACACGGAUGCCCUAUAUAGGACAUUACUAUCAUUCGAAGAAUUUGGCGAACUGAUAAUUAAAAUUGAAGAAAAAAAAAAAAGAUUAGAAAAACAAAAAAAAUUAAAAAAUGAUUGGAUAAAAAAAAAUAUGGUGGAAGCUACAGUUAGUAAUAAAAUCUUAGAGGAAAUGGAAAAAGAUUCGAUGACAGAAGUUUAAUUAAAAAAUAAUUGAUUUAAUAAGAAUUACGUUAUGUGAUAAUUAAUUGUUCAUAAAAAUAUU